GAUUGUUUUGGGGGAACUAUGAAAUUAAUUAGAAAAUAUUGCGGUAUGUUCUUAUUUUUACCAGCUUCUGCAAGCGUGUAUGGCGUCUGGCUUUUGAAACCUCACUGUGACUGACUUCAGAUCUACUUUAAAGAUGUCCAGCCCAACGACUGUGCAAAUAGUUGGUGGUACAGGAGGUUUUCCGUUUUCAUUUACUGGUCAGAAAAACGGCGCCAGUUUAGAGAAGAUUGGGGUGUGGGAAGGAGAAUGGCAGGUGAAGGCUGUUAAGCUUUGGCUUUCAGAUGGCAGAAGUGAAACCUUUGGCAAUCCAGACGGACCGUAUCAAGAGUACGUGUUCAAACUUGGUGAGUGUUUCACCUCACUGUCCCUGUGGGACAAUGGAGAAAGAAAACGUCUUGGAGGCAUCAAAUUCAAGACCAACCAGGGUGGAAAUUUUUUUGCAAAAAUGACCAAAAAUUCACUACCAACAGAAAUCCCCAUGGAUGUCGGCUCUGGAUAUUGUUUGGGAGUUGUAGGAAAUGCUGGUGCAGAUAUUGACCGCAUGGGAUUCCUGUUUCUCAGUGCAGUUCAAUCAGCAGUUCUCACCAAUGUCAACUACCCCACAAUCCACCAACUGAUACCAAAGGUGACAAUGGAAGAGAUCAAAUCCGUCACUUACAGGAACAACUCCUCUGCCAAACAACAGCAAACAAUUGAAUCCUCAAAGAAAGUGACCAACAAAUCUUCAUGGUCUAUGAGCAAGAGUUUUACAGCAACAUUUAGUAUGGACGUGAAGGCAGGGAUUCCAGGGAUUCUGGAAGUUUCUACAGGAUUCAGUGUCAGCAUUGGAUCAGAAAGCACUUAUGGUCUGGAGCUGACUGAUGAGAGAACCGAAACUCUGUCUACCACUGUUGAUGUUCCACCGAAAAAGAAGGUGGAUGUUGACAUCAACAUUGGCAGAGCUACGUUUGACCUGCCUUACACUGGUACAGUGAAGAUCACCUGCAAGAACGGCAGUGUGUUAGAGUAUGAAACCAAUGGCCAGUACAAAGGCGUCACUUACACUGACAUCAAAGUGGAUACUAAAGAAUCUGACCUGUGAUGUUAAGACAGAUUGUAAGAUAAAUGCUUCGAUUUUACUUCUGAUUUUAUCAGUCUUAUAUCAGUUAUUCAGCAUUUAAUUGUACUUUUCUUGGGUGUUUAG